GGUCGCAGAGAUUGAUCACUGAAAUAAUACUACGGAUUGUGUAAAAUGAAAAACGUCUUGGAUGUGAUGUCGUUGCAGCAGCACGUGGAGACGAGCAAGACACAGAAUAUGAAACCCAUUGAUUAUCGGAAGUCCACCAAACCUGGUCUGGUGCCUCUCUACAUUUUCGAGUGCGCGGCGAAGCUAAAGAUGAAGCCGCUGACAGCCGCCUGCGCCGCCAUCGUUUACCAUCGCUUCUUCAAGGAGGUCAAAGCAAGUGACUACGACGAGUUCCUAAUAGCCGCCUCCUCGCUCUACUUGGCUGGCAAAAUCAAAGACGACGACGCUGUCAAAAUCCGCGAUGUUAUCAACGUGGCAUACUGCACACUGAACCGCGACAGUGCUCCGCUGGACCUGAACGACGAGUACUGGGCCAUGCGCGAUGCCAUCGUUCAGGCCGAGCUGCUGAUAACACGCACCCUCAGUUUUGAUCUGAACAUCGAGCUGGCACACAAGUACCUGCUGUACUACAUGAAGACACUGCAGGAUUGGGUGGGCACGGACAUAUGGAACUCUGUGCCGAUUGCCAAGACAGCCGCCUCGUACCUGCAGGACUUUCACCACAGCCCUAACAUAUUGAAAUACAAGCCCACCCACGUGGCCAUCGGCUGUCUAUCCCUGGCCCUGCAAACAUAUGGCGUGCAGGUGCCGCUGACCGACGAGUCGGACGAGGCUUCCAUGUGGUAUAAGCCGCUCGUUAAGGACUUUACUCGAGAGAAACAGUGGGAAAUUAUCGAAGACGUCAUUGAAGUGUACAAGCAUGAGGCAUCCCUCAUGGCCAACUGAACCUACAUCAUCAUCAUUUUCACCAAGAACUGGCUGUUCGAUAUCCACUCGCCAUUCCCAUACGA